CACAGUCAGGUUGAAGUGAGAACCAGACCAAGGCCUUGUUCAUCAGCUGCUGGAGACCCAGGUCUGGUGGCAUGGAGAGGACCCUUGUCUGUCUGAUACUCAUCUUCUUGGGGACCGUGGCCCAUAAAUCAAGCCCCCAAAGGCCAGAUCACCUUCUGAUUAGACUUCGUCACCUUAUGGACAUUGUUGAACAGCUGAAAAUCUAUGAGAAUGACUUGGAUCCUGAACUUCUAACAGCUCCACAAGAUGUAAAGGGGCAAUGUGAGCACGAAGCUUUUGCCUGUUUUCAGAAAGCCAAACUCAAGCCAUCAAACACUGGAAACAAUAAGACAUUCAUCAACGACUUGUUGGCACAGCUGAGGAGGAGGCUGCCUGCUAAGAGGACAGGAAAUAAACAGAGGCACAUGGCUAAAUGCCCUUCCUGUGAUUUGUAUGAGAAAAAAACACCCAAAGAAUUCCUUGAAAGACUAAAAUGGCUCCUUCAAAAGAUGAUUCAUCAGCAUCUUUCCUAGAACACAUAGGACCUGAAGAUUCCCGAGGACAGCGGACAGUAUAGACGCUCACAAACACAGGAGUACAUCUUUCCUCCUGGGAUUCUGAGUGGAGAAGUACGAUAUAUUAUGAUAGGAACAACUAAGAAAAGCUGCAGAUUAAGAUCCUUUUGCCCACUUACUGUGCAGAUAUUGCGGUUCCCUGCACAGACUCCAUGCUGUCAACAUGGAAAAUCUCUUCUCAGCAAGAGCCAGCUUAUUGUGGUGACAGGAUUUCUGGGACUUCUCACGUUGUGGCUUCAUCUUAUUGCCCGACUGUGACAUUCUUUGAUCAGAAAGGGAAAACUAAAAAUUUUAACUAAAAAUAAGGCUAGAGAACUUGUUGGUCUGCAAGAAUAAGACCUAUUAUGACCCUAACUGAAGGAUGUAAGCUGAAAAUACAUAAGCAUAAGAUUAUAUUGAAGACUGAAGUCUUUAUUCUUUACGAAAAUCUUUGUACUUGAAAGCAUGUCUGAAGGGUUUACUCGUUACAUUAACAUCUGGCCCAGUGAUAACUGAUCUACUUAUUCUCUACCGGACAGCUUCUCCUGAUGGGCACAAACAAUUUUUCUUCUUGAUUAGGUCUAUUAAAAUAUUUAAGUAUGGUAGAAUUUAACCUAUUUAUGAGGUUCACCCCUGGCCUUCACUGUUUUUCUAAAGCGGGAAGGACGUGUUAAGAAGCAGGCUUGACUUGCCUUCCUCUCAAUGUCAAGAUCCUUUAUAAGCUAAUAGUGUAAUCUUGUGAAGAAGGUAACCAAAUAUCACCAGUCUUCUGGAGCCAAAUAUAGUCUCCAGUUUUGUAGCGCUCACCUCCAGUGGUUAUGGGUGUGCUGUGAGGAAUCUGCUAACUCCAGCCUCAGUCUCCUCUCCCACAUCCUUUCCUUCCUUUCUGAUGCGUAAAAUGAAACUUCUAAGAACAGGCAUUUCCAACAAGUUCAGCAUUUAAGACACAUCACGUGCACACUUUUGAUAAGUUAAGUUCAAUCAUGUAUUUAAAGUCGAAAUCAGGAGAUAAGUCAAGAGACCAGAGGUUCUGUCCCGGUUUUAAACGGACCUUUACCUACCAUUCUGAUCUUUUAACCACAGAGCCUACACUGAGCAAAUGGUUCCACCAUUUGAUAUCAAUUCCAACAGUAUGUUUCAACAGCAAGUUAAAAAGUCUAGAAAGUCAUUUCCCCUGGAAUAGUAUAAUCUCUUUGUAAAUUUCUUACUGUUAAAAUGGAUCUGAGAUCCCAGGCAUGACCUGGGGGAAGUCUUUGCUCCAAGAAAAAAGUAUCUGUAUUUAAAAGUACCUUUAAAACAAGCGCAGACACAGCACACUGCUCUAAGACAGAGCUGACUAUUAUUAAUUGAUUCCCAGAAAAGUGUCACAAUCAGAAACAAUGUAUUUUCUUAAAUUGUUAAACUAUGUAUUGCAAAGAAACGGUGUAACUGUGAAUGUGCGACUCUUGAUGACAUUCUAGCCCACUUAAGUGUCUGACGGUGCUAGCAUGGGUUGUUGAAUUUGCUGCUGGGAAGCUGAAGUAGAGAUGCAAUGAUGGAGAGGGACAGCUUCUCUGUGUCUUAUUCUGUGACUAUUUCUGGCUGUAUAACUGUUGACUUCUUGACACUGUGAUUUUUAUAUUUAAGACGACAUAUUUAUUUUGGUGUGUUUAUUGUUAAAAAUCUGUUCUAGGCUUUUAAACCAUUGACUAUUUCUACUCUAGAAGUACAACUAAUUCAGUGCAGACAGGCUAAGAGCUUGCAGAGUUCGGAAGCCCUAAAGGCCUCUCCACUAGCCAAGGCCAAGCGAUGCUUUACUAACUAGACAGAGCAAGUCUUGCACAGCAGUCUUGAACCUCUCUGUGCUCGAGACUCAGCCAGUCCUUGACAUUUUUGUUCUCUGUGGGUGGCAAUACCUUGGGCCUGAUACACUGUUGACAUGGAGGUUGCCCCUGGUGUAAGCUUUUUUUGGUUUUCAUUUUCCUAUCUAUAGAACAAGGAUGUGUGACUUUCCUAAGUCUAUUCUGUAUUUUUUUUUGAGCUUUAUAUGUCUGAGUUUUAAUGUUUCCAGUACACUUACAAGAGCACCUGACCACACUCAUGAGUUAAAUUUCAUCCCAAGUGUGAUAUUUAGUUGCUCAAAAAGGAAAGAAAGAAGGAAGAAAGGCGAGAGAGAGAGAGAGAGAGAGAGAGAGAGAGAGAGAGAGAGAGAGAGAGAGAGACAUUGCUGUAGGUCAUGAGAGUUCAGAGAAAAUCAGUUAUGGCUGUUAAUAGUGUAGCUGAAAGUGUUUUCUUUGUAUAUGUGAAUAAAUUUAUAGCAUUAUUGACCUAUGUUACUGCUCUGUUUUAUUUACAGUCACAUCUGAGAAUUUAGUUUUAAUAUGAAUGAUGUACUUUAUAACUUAAUGAUUAUUUAUUAUGUAUUUGGUUUUGAAUGUUUGUAUUCAUGGCUUCUUAUUUAAGACAUGAUCGUAUUAAAUACUACUCAGUCAG